AUGAUGGAGAAGCUCCAACAGAUGCCAGGGCAGCUGCCGACACUGUGGGAGGGCUGGAUGCCUCCCACGCGCGAGCACUACGACCUCAUCCUGACAGCAUUCCAAUGGGGAUACCUAGUUACCGGAUCGAUCCAGUGGGUGAUAGGAUGGUACGGCAUGGGCAAGACGUCCACGCCGAGCCUUCUCAACAUCCCGGGCCGGUGGGCUUGGCUGACGAUGGAGUCCCCCGGCUUCCUGACGCUGGGCUACCUGAUGGGCAAGAUGUCCCACGGCGACCUGCCCUGGCAGAACAAGGUGCUCGCCGCUCUGUUCGUGAUGCACUACGCCUACCGGGCUGUGGCCUUCCCCUUCCUGCAGCCCAGCAUGGCGCCCGUGCACGUCUUCGUCUGGCUGGCCGCCCUGGGCUUCCAGGUGCUCAACGCGACGUGCCUGGGGUCGUGGCUGGCGGCCUACGGCCCCGUCCACGACGCCGACUGGGACGACGUCCCGCUGUCGACGCCGCGCUUCGUCGUCGGCGUCGCCGUCUUCUACCUCGGCCUCGCGUCCAACUACUUCCACGACGAGGAGCUGCGCGAGAUACGCCGCCGGGAGAGGCGCCGCCAGGACGACGUCGCCGCCAGGUCCGGCACCGCCCCCGCACUCGUCAGAGGCCACUACCGCAUCCCCGAGGCCGGCCUCUUUCGCUACGUCCUCUUCGCUCACUACCUAUGCGAGUGGGUGGAGUGGUCUGGCUUCUGGCUCGCCGCCGGCUGGUCGUGCGCUCCCGCUCGCGCUUUCCUCGUCAACGAGAUCGCCGCCAUGCUGCCCCGUGCUGUGCGUGGAAAAGCGUGGUAUCGUGAGCAUUUUGGUGAGGACAAGAUUCGGAAAAAGUACGCCGUCAUUCCCGGUGUCAUCUAA